AGCCUGGCGCCGGGCCGGGGCCGGUGCGGGGUGUGGGGUGCGGGCGCGCCGCGGCCCGCUGUGGUCGGGCCUGGCUACGGCGCCAUGGCCGCCGAGGUGGUGGUAGUGGGAUCCUGCAUGACCGACCUGGUCAGCUUUACCACUCGAUUGCCAAGAGCUGGAGAAACCAUCCUUGGACAUAAGUUUUUCAUUGGUUUUGGUGGGAAAGGAGCCAAUCAGUGUGUCCAGUCUGCUCGACUUGGGGCCAAGACCUCGCUGAUCUGCAAGGUUGGGAAGGAUUCCUUUGGCAAUGAUUAUGUUGAAAAUUUGAAGAAGAAUGGUAUAUCUACAGCAUUUGUAGGUCAGACUACAGAUGCUGCUACUGGAACUGCUUCAAUAGUUGUCAACAGUGAAGGACAGAAUGUUAUCGUUAUAGUCCCAGGAGCCAAUCUACUUUUAAGUUGUGAAGACCUGAAGAGGGCUGCUGACGUCAUCUGUAAAGCCAAAGUGGUUGUUUGCCAGCUAGAAAUAACGCCUGCUGUUUCUCUUGAAGCUCUGAAAAUGGCACAUGCCAGUGGAGUAAAGACUUUAUUUAAUCCAGCUCCAGCCAUUGCUGACCUAGAUCCACAAUUUUAUACCCAAUCCGACAUCUUCUGCUGCAAUGAAACUGAGGCAGAAAUUUUAACGGGCAUCCCAGUUGGCAACCUUGAAGAUGCUCAAAAGGUGGGACACAUGCUGUUAGAAAGAGGGUGUAAGCUUGUAAUCGUUACUCUUGGAGCAGAAGGCUGCAUGAUGAUAUCAGUAGAAGAACCUAUUCCAAAGCACGUUCCUGCUGGGAAGGUCAGGGCUGUGGACACUACGGGAGCUGGAGAUAGUUUUGUGGGAGCACUGGCCUUCUACCUGGCUUACUAUCCCGAACUACCCAUGGAGGAAAUGAUCAGGAAGUCUAACUACAUUGCAUCAGGAAGCGUCCAGGCAUCAGGGACACAAUCUUCAUAUCCUUACAGGAAGGACUUGCCUCAGGAUCUUUUCUAAUUGACAUUGUCUAGCUCAAUGUACUGAUUUUAUCUUAUCUCAGACAGCAUUAUUCUCCUAACUACACAGAGGUUCUCCUCUGCUGCUUGGAAAGAGCAAGAAAGUCUCUUUCCUUAUUUGAGAAAUUCUGUUAGUUCCUGUUUUACAGUAGUAAGGGUGGUGGAGGGUCUUUCAACCACAGCACAGCAGGUCUUCUCUCUGGCCCCAUGCGUAACCGUUACCCUACUGGCAAUCCCACAUAACGUGUUACACUGCGUGAGAUGUAUACAGAGCUUACAGCAAAACAUCUGGAGGGUACCAGGCUCCUGGCAAUGUUCCUAUUUGAUUUUAUCAGAACUUCUGACACACGAUGCCAGCAUGCGAAGUGCAGUGUUAGCUCCGAGAUCAUAACCUUUGUCCAUCACCUCAGCUGUCAGCUGCAAGCACUGAGGUUAGCAUUUAUUAAAGCCAGACUCACUGAGCAGCUCUACCCACAGCAAGUAGCUGGCUCCUCCCCAGCCUGUUCAGCUCUUAACAAGGCAUUGUAUAUUGAGCCUGUCUACUUGCUUGCCCCUCAGACAGGGGCUGCAGCUCUGUGCUCCACUGUUCUGCCAGCCUGUGGAAGGUUUCUUGUGCUGGCAGGAAUACAAGAUUGCUUCUGGACUAGACUUUAUAAAAAUAUUUCUAGCCAUAUUGCUCUAAACAUAAGUGAGAUAGUGAAAAACCUCCAACAGAAUUGACCAGAAAACUAAUGUAAGGGUCUAUUCUCUUCAUGCUUGACAAAAAUCCAGAAAUAAAAAAAUAAGGCCAACUUACCUGACUUGAUAUAAAAACCUAUUGACUCUAGUCCUAACUUAUGCAAAAGCUCAUUCACCAGGGUCCCCUUGUUCCUUCCUUACCCAGGAAGGAACUGGUACAACACUACCCCUCCAAGAAAUGACACCAAUUCAUGGUCACUACUGUUGAAUCUGUGGCCGGUAGGUUAGAACAACUUGCAAUCCUGCUAUUGAAUUCCUGCUGUGGAAAAUGUUAAUUUUUAUUGCCUUAUAAAACAAUAGUUCCUUUGAAGAUUACAGCCUCUUUCACAAUGGAAAACACAGACAAUGGGAUUUGCUAUUUAAUUUUUUUUUAAUUGAGGACUGUAAAAAUAACUCAAAAGAUAAAUAAAUGUUACUGUGAUGAUCUAUGUCCAGACAUUAAGAA